CGGACGUCAACAUGUUGACAAUCAGGGAAGGGCAUGAACCCGGUCAAAAGUCCCGACCAAUUUAAGUGCCGUGACGAUGCGGCUCAUCGCUACCGGGUGAGACUUAGAACCUCGUUUGGUUCGCACUUCCCAAAAUACUCCUCCUUGACAACGCCCUUUUCACUAUUCCUUUCCCUGCGCUGUGCGCGUGUUGGCGCCCUUCUACGGACUAGAUUAAACGGAAAUCUGUCGCGCUAUGCCGAAGGACCGUGGCUGUUCCUCCUCGAGAGAAUCCACGUUCGACUGAAGCCCAGCCAGGUUGGUCGAGAAGCGCCAAAAGGAACUGCAUUACAAUCAGAGAUUGCUCCUAAUGUUGCCACCUAUUUCGAACCCCCGCGAACUAUACCUCAAGCGCAAGCAUCCUCCACAGUGAAAGGCCCGAAACAAUGUCGCUCCGCCCGCACCCUCUCCGGCAAGCCCAGACCGCCGACUACUCGGUCAACCGCCAGCCUUCAAGUGCAUCAUCGUCGGCAUCCUCGGGCUUCUCCAAUUCAUCUAGCGGAUUCGAGAGUCGGGCAAGCACCCUGCUGUCAGCACCUUCCAGCCCUUCCAGCAUGUACUCCAAUCUGGGGCAUAAACGCGGGCAAAGCGAGGCCAGCCGACUACCAUCGUUUGUACCACCACCCACCAAGAGCUUCAACCCUAAGCCAACGUCGGAAAACAUCUACAACGCGGCUCGUCAAUCCCUUCGACCGCUCCCCCAGGUCCCCGCAGCCUCGACUCCAUCCAGGACCGUUACCCGUCAUGAUCGGGGCCAGAGCCUCGACAUCAGCAAGUUGUCUUUAGAAGAUAACUGUCGAGGUUCGCCAAUUUCUCCUCCACGAUCAAAUGCCGCCCGACCAUAUUCCAUGCUCCUGACUCGAUCAGAUUCUAUUAAUCGCGGCAGCACCGCCGUGGCCCAUGCUCACUCUCCCUCCUCUCACCAAGUCCACUCCAGCCCGCUUGCGACUCCGGAUCUUGAGAGGCUUGGACGGUCGUCGACAAAUCAGCUGCGGACACUGUCCAGGCUGGCCCAGUCAGGUGCUGCCGACGAGUUUGCCAUCACCCUCCCCGCGCAAGAAGUUGUUGGUCUCCGUGGUCGUCGUAGGCUUCAGCGGGCUGACAAGCCAAAUGCCUUGCAGGUGGGCCAGCGGAACGGAGGCUACGGCUGGGAGGGCCGAAAUUGGAUGGAUAAGCAGAGACAGUUCCUCCAAGCAUAUGAAUAUCUCUGCCACAUUGGAGAGGCCAAGGAAUGGAUCGAGGAUAUUAUCCACCGCUCGAUCCCGCCCAUCGUGGAGCUAGAAGAAGCUCUGCGAGAUGGAGUUACGCUCGCCGAGGUUGUCGAGGCCCUCAACCCCGACCGGCGGUGCAGGAUAUUUCACCACCCACGACUUCAAUACCGACACUCGGACAACAUCGCCAUCUUUUUCCGGUACCUGGACGAGGUUGAGCUCCCAGAUCUAUUCCGCUUCGAACUGAUCGACCUUUACGAGAAGAAAAACAUUCCAAAAGUCAUAUACUGUAUACAUGCUCUGAGUUGGCUGCUCUUCCGCAAGGGAAUCGUCGACUUCCGCAUCGGCAACCUUGUAGGCCAGCUUGAAUUCGAACACCAUGAGUUAGAGGCUAUGCAGAAAGGCCUCGAUAAGCUGGGAGUAAGCAUGCCUAGCUUCGGGACCAUGGGAGCCGACUUUGGCGUCGAACCUACGCCAGAACCCGAAGAGACGGAGGAGGAGAGAAUUGACAGGGAAUUGGCCGAAAAUGAGGGCGCAAUAGUCGACCUUCAAGGGCAGAUGCGCGGAGCCCUGCUGAGGAUGAAACUCGGAAACACGAUGCAGCAACUAUGGGACUCGGAAGCCAUGCUAGUCGAGCUCCAAGCUCGCGUACGAGGAGACUUCACACGUCAGAUCAUGGCUUAUAGGCUCCAGAUGCGGAAGUUCGCAGUCGGCUUACAGAGUUCUGCGCGCGGAUUCCUCGUUCGACAGCAACUAGCUCAAAAGGAGACGUUCUGGAAGAGCAUGGAAGGCGACAUCUUGAAUCUACAGAGUUUAAUACGGGCCUCCAAGGUCCGCAGCGAGGUACGAGAUGAGCGGUCCCAACUAUCCAGGGCCAGUGGCCCCAUCCGAGACGUCCAGGCGCUGGUCAGGGGCUUUCUGGCUAGAGAGCGGGUGCUCGACCAGCAACACGAGACGACUCGCGCGGCUGGUGCAGCCCCGGAGCUGCAGGGUGCCAUUCGAGGCAUGUUGUUAAGAAGGGCGCUGGAACGUCAACGGGAGGAUCUGGAGCGACAAGCCGGCGCCAUAGCUGGCCUGCAGGCUGCUGCAAGGGCAAUGCUGACCAGAAACCAGAUCGGUUUGCAGUUGGAGAGCCUCGACAAAUUUGCGCCGAUAUGGGAGACACUCCAAGCUGCCUGCCGAGGAAACCUUGCUAGGUCCAAUGUCCGGGCGACUAAGGCAGAGCUUCGACAACAUUCUCCAGCUCUGGGUCUUCUCCAGGCCUGCCUGAGGGGGGCUGCCGUGCGGAGAGAAGUAUCGGAAACUCUGGAGGGAUUGGGAGAGAAUGAAAAGAGUGUUUCACGGCUCCAGUCGUCUAUUCGAGGCAUGCUUCUUCGAAGUCGACUUGCAGACGACCUCGAGGCCCUUACGAUGCAGACACCCAACAUCACAGCCCUCCAGUCGUGGAUUCGUGGAUUUCUGUAUCGAAAACAGCACAAUGAUUUCCUCAGCCAACUCGGCUCUUACACCCAAGAAAUCAUCUCUCUCCAGUCUUUCUCCAGGGCAAUGCUUCUCCGAGCCGAUAUCGCGGCUCUUUUGGAACAGCUCGAGGACCAGGAGGAAUCCAUCGUUACAUUCCAGGCCGCGGCCAAGGCCUUCAUCAUCCGAAAAAAUUUCGAGGAGAAGAAGCGAUUCUUUAACGAGAACAUGCAGAAAGUCGUCAAGAUCCAGAGCUUCGUCCGGGCAAAACUUCAGGGGGAAGCCUACAAGAAUCUCACGACGGGCAAGAACCCACCGGUUGGUGCUGUCAAGAACUUCGUCCACCUUCUCAACGACAGUGAUUUCGACUUCAACGAAGAGGUUGAAUUCGAACGGAUGCGGAAGACUGUGGUCCAGCAGGUCAGGCAGAAUGAGAUGCUGGAACAAUACAUCGACCAGCUCGACAUCAAGAUUGCCUUGCUCGUCAAGAACAAGAUCACCCUGGACGAGGUUAUCAGGCACCAAAACAACUUUGGUGGCCAUACCAGCAACUUACUCGCCAACAGCUCCAUGUCAAGCGCCAACCAGUUUGAUCUGAAGGCCCUGAACAAGAGCUCACGGAAAAAGCUGGAGUCGUAUCAGCAGUUGUUCUUCACCCUUCAGACCCAGCCUCAGUAUCUGGCUCGCCUUUUUAAGCGCGUGCGCGAACAAGGGACGACAGAGAAGGAGUGCAAGCGGAUCGAACACCUGAUGAUGGGCCUCUUCGGCUAUGCUCAGAAGCGGAGAGAGGAAUACUAUCUCUUGAGGCUCAUCGGAAGAUCGAUCAGGGAGGAGAUCGAGUCGUGCGGCCUGCUUCAAGACUACCUCCGUGGCAACUUCUUCUGGUCGAAACUCCUGAGCAACUAUACCCGAUCACCCCGAGACCGGAAAUACCUGAGGGACCUCCUUGGCCCCCUGAUCCGCGACAACAUUAUAGAGGACCCGGCCUUGGACCUGGAGAGCGACCCAAUGCAGAUAUACAGAUCAGCCAUCAACAACGAGGAGCUACGAACAGGUCGACCGAGCCAUCGACCUCUGGAUAUCCCCCGCGAGCUGGCGAUCAAGGACCCCGAAACCCGAGCGCUCUUCAUCGACCACCUCCGAGAUUUGCGCGAGAUUUGCGAUCAGUUCCUCUUGGCGCUGGAAGAUCUACUUCCCCGGAUGCCGUAUGGGCUUCGCCUCGUCUGUCGGCAGACGUUCGAAGGACUUUGCCAGCACUUCAAACGAGAACCACAGCAAAAUCUCCUUCAGGUUGUCGUCAACUGGCUCUGGCGCUUUUAUCUGCAACCCGCGCUCACCUCGCCCGAGAAUGUCGGCGUCAUCGAGAAGCAGCUGAGUCCUCUUCAAAAGCGGAACUUGAGUGAAGUUGCCAAAGUCCUCGGGCAGAUUGCAUGCGGGCGUCUAUUCGGUGGCGAAAACAUAUAUCUCCAGCCCCUUAAUGCAUUCCUCGAGCAUUCGAUUGCACGGCUCAUGCACAUCGCCGGCGCACUAAUCGACGUGCCAGAUGCAGAGAGCACGUUUGACAUUGAUGAGUUCAACGACCUCUACGCGAAGAACAGGCCAACUCUCUACAUCAAGAUGACCGACAUCUUCGCCAUCCACAGCCUCGUUGCCGCGGAGCUUCCCUUCAUAUGCCCGAACCGAGAUGACAUGCUUCGCGAGAUCAUCCAGGAUCUCGGUAGUGCUAAGAAUAACGAGAACGAGAUGACAGCUGCGGGCUCCUCGGACAUCCAGAUGUUCCUCACCCCGAAACUGCAUGAUGUCGAAGACCCCGAUGCGGAGGCUAAGGCAUUGUUCAUGGAGACCAAGAGGUGUAUUCUAUAUAUCAUUCGUGUCCAGACCGGGGCCAACUUGUUGGAGAUCCUCGUCAAACCCAUCACCCCGGAGGACGACCACAAGUGGCAAAUGCUCCUGCACGAGGACUUCUCGGCCAGCUCAAGCACUAGAGGCGCUUAUUCCGAUACCAACAUGGUCGACGUGACCCGCAUGUCAUACUACAACCUGAAGAGGAUCGCUCUCGAGAAUGUAUUGCGGCUCGAGCACAUGGGUCGGAUAUCUAAGCACAACCAUUACCAAGACGUCCUCAAUGCGAUAGCCCUCGACAUCCGCACCAAGAGUAGAAGGAGAGUCCAGCGCCAACGAGAGCUGGAAGGUGUGCGGUUGACCCUCAGCAAUUUGCACCAGAAGGCCGCAUAUCUCGAGCAGCAACGCAAGAGCUACGACGACUACAUCGAACAGGCCAUGGCAACACUGCAAAACAAGAAGGGCAAAAAGCGCUUCCUCCUCCCCUUCACCAAACAGUACAACCACCAGCGCGAGCUCGAGCGCAGCGGCCGGGUGCCCAAGUUCGGGUCGUUCAAGUACAGCGCGCGGGCGCUCUCGGAGAGGGGCGUCGUGGUGUCGUGGGCGGGCGUGGCCGACCGGGACCUGGACAAGAUCAACCUCACCAUCUCGUGCGACCAGGUGGGCGUCUUCUCGAUCGAGGGGUCGCGCGGCCACAUCCAGAUACCCGGGGCGAGCGGCCUCGUGCCCAUCGAGGACCUGCUGCAGGCGCAGUUCGAGGCGCACCAGUUCAUGAACCUGUUUGAGGGGAACUUGAAGCUCAACGUCAACUUGCUGCUUCAUCUGCUGUACAGGAAGUUCUACAGGACGCAGUAGUAGGGCGGUUCCUUGGCGUGGCCCACAUGGGUUCGCGCGUAUUUCGAAGUUGGGGCAUCGGUGUAAGGGCGGAUCGGUGGCUGGAAACAGGGAGGAUGGAUCUUUGCCUUGAUGAUGGGCGUUGCAUGUUCGAUGCGGCCACGGAUCACGAAUUUUGUUUGUUCUUUUUUUUUUUCU